GGACGGGCGAGGCAUCACCAAACAACGCCAUCCUUUGGGAACACUAGGGGCUAGCUGUCGCCAUCUGCUGUUUGAAGAUCUUGAGCCACUGUUACAAUUCGCAAUGGUCGUCCUCGCAGCCUCUAUAUGCACCCGCGGGGGCAAAGCAGUGCUCUCGCGCCAGUUCCGAGAUAUCGCACGGUCAAGAGUUGAGGCUCUUCUCGCAUCAUUCCCCAAGCUCGCCGACUCCGGAACGCAACACACGACGGUUGAGCAGGACAAUGUGCGCUUUGUGUACCAACCCCUGGACGAGCUGUACAUUGUGCUCAUCACCAACCGUCAAUCGAACAUUCUGCAAGACAUCGACAGCCUUCACCUUUUCGCCCAAGUGACAACCAGCAUCUGUAAGAGCUUGGAUGAGAGGGAGAUUCUACGCAAUGCGUUUGAGCUGCUCAGCGCCUUCGACGAACUCGUCACGCAGGGGUACAGAGAGAACCUGUCCCUGUCGCAGAUCAAGACCUUCUUAGAGAUGGAGAGUCACGAGGAACGGAUCCAGGAGAUCAUCGAAAGAAACAAAGAGCUCGAGGCUAGCGAAGAACGGAAGCGGAAGGCCAAGCAACUGGAGAUGCAGCGCAAGGAAGCCGCUCGUAGCGGUCGUGCAGCGGCUCCAAGAGCCCCGAACUACCCUGUCUACACCCCGCCUUCGCGUCCAUCUGUGCCGGACACAUAUGAUACCUACGAGGCCGAGAAGAAGAAGACGUUUGCCAAGCCCAUGCCCCUUCGUGGGAAAGGAAUGCAACUCGGCAAGAAGUCCAAGACAACCGACAUCUAUGAGAAAGUCCGCGGUGACCUGGGGCCUGAAGCAGAAGAGUCCACACCCUUGGUGACCCCCACAGUUUCGACCCCUGUUGCCGAGCACGUCGCCUCCGCUCGCGCCUCCCUGUCAGCCGAUCGCGAACCCAUUCACGUCACUGUCGCCGAGACGAUUUCCGCCAAGCUCACGCGGGAGGGUGCCCUCAAAUCCUUCGAGGUCAAGGGUGACCUUCAGCUGCGCAUCACCGACCCAUCGUUUACGAAGCUCCGUCUCGACCUGGUCGCCAACCCGACUCACGGCGCGCAGUUCCGCACUCACCCGAAUGUUGACAAAGCCUUGUUUACCAACUCUUCUGCCAUUCAACUGAAAGAUGCAACCAAGCGCUUCCCUGCCAACAACUCUAUUGGCGUGCUGCGCUGGCGCGUCGCCAGCUCCGGGUCCGACAGUGCGGACAUCUUACCCAUCACUUUUACGGUGUGGGUGAACAAGGGAUCGGAUUCAACCACGAUCACUGUCGAGUACGAACUUGUUGGCUCCGACAGCCUCCACGACGUGGUCGUCACGAUACCAUACAGCUCCGCUGAGCCAGCUGUUUCCAGCUUCGAUGCUGUCUACGAAGUUUCUGGUGACAGCUUGGACUGGAACCUUGGUCUUGUGGACGAAAACAACGCGUCCGGUAGCUUCGAGUUCGAGUCUACCGGAGAUGAUGAAAACGAGUUCUUCCCCAUGAACGUGCGUUUCACCAAGACCACCCCCUUCGUCGAUGUCGAUGUCACGAACGUCUCUCUGCUGGAAAUGGAAGGCGAGAGCACUGGCUUUUCCAAGGACAUCAAGAGCGUCGCUGAGGGAUAUGUCAUUGAGUGAUUUACUUUUUUUUCCUCUGGGUGUAUAGAGUAUUUCUUAGCUAAUGAUGUUCGGAACUGCCUUUCUACGGUCCCUGCCCCUCGUUGUCUCCUAAUAUACCUUUAACCCUCUCGUUUUAGAUUGUAUCCUCCGAGAGCCGAGCUGUCCUCCCAUUAUAAAAAAAGGCGGAGUGUGCACGCAGUCAGACCUGAAAUGACAAUUCUACUUAACCUUUGGAGCUCAUCAAUGUAACCCCCUCGGCCGUUAUACGAGCUGCAACUCAAUUUCCUCGGGCCGUAUAUCUCUGAACAAUGGCUGGACAAACCCU